AUGUCCCCGCACGCAGGAAUCGUAUCUGCGUUCGUUGAUGCAAGGAGGGCGAGCAAGUUCCCUCUUGGAGCGCGCGGUGUCCCACAGACGAGGCGAGGCACACCCGACCAUCCCCACCCGUAUUCGUCUACAGGUGAGAGGAGCAAGGAGCAGUGGGAACUGUGA